AGCCAGACGGAUGCCAGUGAGUCAGAGCGAGCGGAGGACGGGACACAGGACGGCCCGACUUCAACCCGACAAAACAACUCCCUCAAGUAGCUUUCUUCUUUUCCCACACUCGGAGUUUUUCGCCUUUAUUUGUCACCUGGAAUGAAAUGCUUUUACGUGGAUGACUUGAAAGAUCAGGUCGAGAUCCAGCCUGGUGACUCCAAACUGACCCGUGUGUCCCAACUUGAGCUGCCUGGCUCAAGGGAGCAGCUUGCAGAGAGUUCACCGCCAUGUCUUAACACCUCACACUCCCCUCUGAAAACCCUGUCCCCCCUUCCCUCUCUCUCCCCUCCCUCCCCUUCCUCCUCCUCCUCCUCCUCCUCCCCUCCUGCCCUCCCUGUAGAAGCUUCCCAGUCCUUUGCAAACCACAGUGCCUCCUCUGGAGAAAUGAGUCUGCAUCAGCCGCAGCCACAGCAACAGGGGUCCGAGAGGGAUCUUCCCUCCGCCGCCUCGUCCGUCAGUCUGCCCUCUGUACGGAAGACGCCUAAAAAGCGUCGCAUCUCGCUGCGUUCGCUAUUCCGCCGGCGCUGCGGGGACCCCAAAUCCCGCAAGUCACGGGCGCUGGCCACCGGAGUGGAUGGCAUCGCCAGCGUGGAGAGCGUGCAUUCAGAAAUGUGCCAGCAGCAGGACCACGCCUCGGCGCUGUCUGCACCCGGUGUGGCCUCCACCUCAUCUUCAUCUUCCUCAUCCUCAGCCUCAACCUCUGAGCUGCUGGAGUGCCCGCUGUGCCUGCUGCGCCACACCAGAGACCGUUUUCCAGACAUCAUGACAUGCCACCACCGCUCUUGUGCCGACUGCCUCCGACAGUAUCUGCGCAUCGAGAUCUCCGAGAGCAGGGUCAACAUCAGCUGCCCAGAGUGCUCAGAACGCUUCAACCCACACGACAUCCGCAUGAUACUCAACGACCGGGUGCUCAUGGAGAAAUACGAGGAGUUCAUGCUCCGCCGCUGGCUGGUGGCUGACCCGGACUGCCGCUGGUGCCCUGCUCCGGACUGCGGGUAUGCAGUCAUUGCCUUCGGUUGUGCCAGCUGUCCAAAGAUCACGUGUGGUCGCGAGGGCUGCGGGACUGAGUUCUGUUACCACUGUAAACAGCUGUGGCACCCAAAUCAGACCUGUGACGCCGCCCGACAGCAGAGAGCUCAGAGUCUCCGGCUGAGACCCUUCAGAUCAUCAUCACUCAGCUAUAGCCAGGAGAGCGGCGCUGCUGCCGAUGACAUAAAGCCAUGUCCCCGCUGUGCGGCCUACAUCAUCAAGAUGAACGACGGGAGCUGUAAUCAUAUGACCUGCGCUGUGUGCGGCUGUGAGUUCUGUUGGCUGUGUAUGAAGGAGAUCUCUGACCUGCACUACUUAAGUCCUUCAGGAUGCACGUUCUGGGGUAAGAAGCCCUGGAGCAGGAAGAAGAAAAUCCUGUGGCAGUUGGGCACACUUGUGGGCGCUCCGGUUGGCAUUGCACUGAUUGCUGGCAUUGCCAUACCUGCAAUGAUCAUUGGGAUUCCUGUGUAUGUGGGCAGAAAGAUUCAUAAUCGCUAUGAGGGGAAGGACAUCUCCAAGCACAAGAGAAACCUCGUCAUAGCCGGCGGGGUGACGCUGUCAGUGAUCGUGUCUCCAGUGGUUGCUGCUGUCACUGUCGGUAUUGGAGUGCCCAUCAUGUUGGCAUACGUGUAUGGUGUGGUGCCCAUCUCUCUGUGCCGCAGCGGUGGUUGCGGCGUUUCUGCGGGGAACGGUAAAGGUGUACGUAUUGAAUUCGAUGAUGAGAACGACAUGAACGCAGGCACCGGAGCUGCUGUGACUGACACCACUUCGGUAGCAGAGACCAGGCAUAACCCCAGUAUCGGCGAGGGCAGUGUAGGGGGACUGACCGGCAGCCUGAGUGCCAGCGGGAGCCACAUGGAGCGUAUUGGAGCAAUGAGAGACAACCUGAGUGAGAACGCCAGCACUAUGGCCCUCGCAGGAGCCAGCAUCACUGGCAGCUUGUCAGGAAGUGCCAUGGUCAACUGCUUUAACAGGUUGGAGGUUCAAGCUGAUGUUCAAAAGGAGCGUUGCAGUCUGAGCGGGGAGUCCGGCACAGUCAGUCUGGGGACAAUCAGUGACAAUGCUAGUACCAAAGCAAUGGCUGGAUCCAUUCUCAACGCCUACCUGCCUCUGGACAGCAGGGACGGGAACAGUAUGGAGGUGCAGGUGGAUGUGGAAUCCAAGCGAGGGAAGCUCAGGCACCACAGCGGCAGCAGCAGCAUGGACGACGGCAGCAGCGGAGGACACGGAGCCGGCGUUUGCCCCUCCGGCUGUCCCCACGAGGGCAAAUGCGUCACCUCUCGCUGGGCCAAGGAGCCGUCCUCCACCUCUUCCUCCUCCUCCGGGAAAAAAAGCAAAGGCAAGCUGCGCAAAAAGAGCGGCGGCACGAAGAUCAACGAGACGCGAGAAGACAUGGACGCCCAGCUCCUAGAGCGCCGCAGCACCAACUCCAGCGAGUUAGACUCGCCCUCUCUGAGCGGCAGCCUGCCGUCCGUGGCCGACUCGCACUCCAGCCACUUCUCAGAGUUCAGCUGCUCCGACCUGGAUGCCUGCAGACCACCCUGCUACGAGUCCCACGUCAGACAUCCCAACGCGGGCGGAGCGGUCAGCCCGCUUCCAGAAGUCGAGAACGACCGGCUGGAGAACUGUCCCGCUGCCGGGAGCCUCCCGCAAGCUGCGGUCGCCCCUCUAACCCCCGACGGGGCGGCGGAGCGCCCGCUAUGCUACAUUGCGGAGGAGAACGUGAGUUUAAUAUGCGCGGCUGACGCGGGCCAGAGCUCGCCUAAAGAACGCAAUAACAACCUUCCUCAGCCAACUAGUCCUGUGCGUAACGCCUGCAUUCAAACUGAGAUAUAACCAUACUAGCUUUCACAACCCACUUUAUUACCAAGGAUUGCACACAACGGAAGAUUUUAAAGCUCACGGAAGUUUAACGUCCCGGCUGGUUGGGGUUUUUUUGAAUGUCGAAGAAGGAACGCCACUAUUUACACUGGUCAAGCGCAGGAUGCGCCUCGAGGCUUCAGAAAGCUCGCCGUGACCAAAGUUGCUUGCGGUUGGAACCGAAGCUCGGAUGAGAUUCAGAAAGUCAACAGAUGAAUGUAAGGCGGCAAGUGAUGCACAGAUACUGAUGAUGAUGAUUAAAAUGAUGUAGCUGUCAAUCACACAUGCCUCUAUUUCAGUGUUCAGGGUCGCUGUGCUUUUAAAAACAAAAAAAAACAAAAAAGCCUCGCUAAUGAGGAACGAGUGCGUUGAAAACACACACAACCACGUCCAGCUCAUUUUUCACCCUGAAAUUAAAAGGAAAGAAGGGAAGUAUCAUUCCUACCAUACAGGACUGGUUUGAUUUGUGACAUUUUGAUGGUAAUUAUUAGGACAGUUCACCCAAAAAUGAACAUUCGGUCAUCAUUUACUCCUUUGAUGCUGUUUCAGAUUUGUUUAUUUCUUUUAUGCAACAUGGAUGAUAUUUUGAGGAACAUUGGUAGCCAAACAAGUUUGGUUCCCAUUGACUUUCAUUGUUGAAAAAUACAAUGGAAGUGAAUGGGGUCCAAAACUGUUUGUUUACCAACAGUCAUCAAAAUGUGUUUUAUGAACUCAUAGGUUUGAAACAGCAUGAGGAUGAGUAAAAGAUGACUGAGUUUUAAUUUUUGGGUGAACUGUUCCUUUAAGCACAUUUUUAUCUCUUUCUCUUUGUUGUAAUACAUCAGACUUUGCUUUUUAAGACAUUAUUGUUGUUGUUGUUAUUUUGAAAUCACAGAAUAGAUUCCUAAUACUCUAAAACAGUAUUUUGUUUCUGUAUUACUGUAAAAAAAAAAACUAAUAAAUUAGCAUAAUGUCAGUACAACAAAUGCUACGUUGAUUUAAAUGUUUUCUAUUUGCUUUACAGUAAUAAAAAUGGAUUUUAGGAGGGGAAAUGUGCUUAAUUUUCAUUUAAAAUGUCACAAAUCAUUUUUUCUUUAAAUGUAACUUCUUACUGUCUAAUUUUGGGCUGAAAUAUGACUUUGACGUGUUUCUGUCAGAUGCCAUGUGAUUGACCCGUGUAUUCAGGCACCUUCACUACACAUUUACACACAUAUACUCUCAGUUAGCCAGCAUAUAGCUUUAGUUGGAGGAAUCUGCGACUUUUCAGAGGCAACGAGGAAGUCUGAAGGGAUCCAAAGCCCUUAUUGAGAUGUUCAUACAAGAUGAGCCAAUGAGGGACCAGGCAAUAGUAGAUUUCCCUUUCACAGCAGUGAUUCUUGUACAUGAUUGUGUUUUUAUUUUUUUGGGACUUCUUUUCAUUUCUAGCAUCUGGUGUUACUGCUUAUUUUCCAUUUUUGGGAAAAGUAGAUUUGUUCAAGCCCUGUGUGUGGGUACAAGAGCCGGUAAAGAGCUGAAUGAAGCCGUGUCGUGCCCCCUGCUGGUAGGACAGGGAACUUGACCAAACCCUUUUUAAGGGAAGAAGCGAGUCUGGCAUGUUAAAAAAAACAAAUUAAGUCGUCCUUGCAAAGCCAAGUCCACUGAUAAUUCUCAAUGGCUGUUGUGGAUGCAAUGUUUAUAUUUAUGAAUCGAAAAGAUUUGCAUCCUUUAAAAAAAAAAAAAAAAAAGUCAACUACUUUCAUUGUAAAGGCUAUGAUGGUAAUCACUUUCAGGUCAUUUCAACCAAUUAUUUUUCUUUUUUUGUAUAUGUAUUGACUCAUGGUGCCUUUUGGAUCAUAUUAAAAAUGUUUUUUUCCGGUUUGUGUCUUAUGAAUUCAAACGUACCGGAUGAGGCUGCAUUGAAUGUUAGCGAGGCGGCUUGGCAGCAUCGUUUCCUAGCGUCCCUAUGUUAUUGGGGACUACACAUCCAACCGCCUACCAAAGACAGCACUCAGGCUCACUGACGACGACUCCUGCACACUUCAACACUCUCUCACACAGUUUACAUACGCCGCCGCCUCCUCGGACUCCAGGCUCUGGUCGCGUGUGUUUGCACUGGUCAUCCUUCAUUUCUGUUGGUCUCUUUAGCUGCCGUUCUGGUGCUGCUCAGUAAUCUCUCGGGACUGAUCCAAUGCCACAAGCUGCUUUGUUUUUUGUUCCUUCUAUUUCUUUAGUGUUCUUUUUUUUCGUAUGUUUUGAGCCUGCCCAUAUCUGUACGAAUAUUACUUCAGAGGCUAGGGCCGAUUGAUUUCUAACUUGUUCAAAACAGCUUGAUAUUUGUAUAUUUGCUUUAUAAUAUGCGUGUAAAAUGCAUAUCUAAAUGAAAAUAAAAACAUGGAUCCAAA